GAUCCAGUGGACGCUUGACUCCGCUCCAGGUUUUCACUCCGACUUUCCUUAAAAGCAUUCGGAGUUUAAAGCGCAGAAAAACACGCCAGCGAGUGUGAGAGAGAUCAGAGCGGCGGAGGCGGAUCAGUGUGUGUGUGUGUCCGGAGAGAACGAGCGGAGGAUGGAGGACGAGCCGCGAGAGACCCUGGACUAACAGAGGAAGAGGAGGAGGAGGAGGAGUGGGGGGUCUUGCUUUUUACAUGGAACCUGUUUGUGUUUCCCUCCAAAGGUGGAUUUUAUACUGAAACACUACAUGACAAAAUGCCCUUCGCCAAGCGGAUCGUGGAGCCCCAGUGGCUGUGCAGGCGCGCGGACGCGGACGAGGAGUGUGUCCUGCUCCAGGACCUGUGCGCCCUCAGUAAUGUGUCUCUGUCCCGGACCCUGCGCCAGCUGUCGGAUCUGGCCAAACACGCUUGCUCGCUCUUCCACGAGCUGGAGCACGAGCUGCUCGCCACGAGCCGGCGCGUCUGCGCGCUCCGGGACAAGAUGAGCCGGAUCCAGGAGACCACCAGUGCGCUCGACCCCAAACAGGAGGCAGUGCCGCUGUCUAAUCUGGACAUUGAGAGUAAGCUGAGUGGACACUACCAGGCCCCUUGGCUCCUGCAGAGGAACGUGUUCCUGCCCUCGACCCGGCCCGCCUGCGUCCAAGAGCUGCAUCGACAUGCCAAGCAGAGCCUGCGGGCGCUGUACAGAGACCAGCAGCAGAGGCAGGAGGUCAGCGAGAGGCAGCGGAGGGUCACCAUCUCCAUCUCCAUGGCUCCGCCCAUCAUGCCCAGUUACCCGUCGCCCCGCGCCCACAGGACACGGCAGCAGAGAGAGAGACACCUGACCACGGAAAGGACAGAGAGAGACAUAGAAACUCAGACAACACAAACACAGUUCCAAAGCACCCGGUCCUCCUCCCCUACUGAGUGUUGUCAUUUUUCCCCAUGGAGCAGAAAGGUUGCUCCUUCAGUCGAUUCGGAUUCAGAGGCAGGGGCUCUGGGCCACUGGCCGAAGUGCCCGAUCCCAAACGUGCCCUCAACGCUGGACAAACAGACAAACUGGGCUGGAAUCUUACCAUUACCCACCCCAGAAGAGAAGAUGAAGACGGAGUCUCGAGUCAUCACCUCAUGCAUCGUUCCCAUUAACGUAACAGGGGUUGGGUUCGACAGAGAGGCCAGUGUGCGCUGCUCACUAGUCCAUUCGCAGUCAGUUCUUCAACGGCGGAGGAAGCUUAGGAGACGGAAAACCAUCACUGGCAUUCCCAGAAGAGUGCAGCAGGAUUUGGAUUCUGACGAGUCUCCAGUGGCCAGAGAACGCACUGUGAUAGUCCACACCAACCCUGAACUUUGCCAAGAGGAUCUCACGCUUUCUCGCCUCAACACUAAGGACUCUGGUUGCCAGACAGAAGAACUGCUGAUUGUUGGGGCUGCACCCUCACGUAGACGGAUCAGAGCACAAAGGGGGCAGGGCGUGACUGUGUCACUGUCCCAUUCCACAGGGAACAUAUCUUCUCUGCCUGACAACUCUGACACAAUGUUCACCGCCUCAGUAGGCUCCCGUCUGCGUUCCCGAAGCCUCCCGCGUGAGGGAGGGCGACUGGUGGAUGAAGGUCAUGAGGAGAGUGAUGAGGAUGAUGAUGAUGAGGAAGAACUGUCCCCAUUUGAGGCUGAGGACUUCCUACCAGUCCCAGGGGAACAUAUUCUAAAAGAUGAUGAAGAAAGCACUGAUGACCAGGCAAUCCCAGAGGAUUUGAAAUUCAAGCAACAUGCUGGAACUGCAGAGCAUGACUGGAUGGAGAGGGGUCGAUCCCGUCUGCCUCGUAAAGCUGACAUGGGUAGCUGUGAGAUUUCGUCAAGCUCCGAUACGUUCAGUAGUCCCAUUCACUCCGUUUCCAACGCUGGUGUGCUGACUAGCCAGAUGGACCACAAGGAAGAUCACCAGUCCUCGAGUGGCAACUGGAGUGGUAGUAGCUCUACAUGUCCCUCCCAGACUUCAGAGACCAUUCCACCUGCAGCCUCACCCCCACUCACCGGAUCAUCCCACUGUGAUUCAGAGCUAUCAUUGAACGCAGCUACUAAUACUAACGAUGAUUCCACAGGCUUCAUUAUUGAUCCUUAUCAUGGAGACCGAUCGCAAGGCCUCCGUAGCCAUAGGACAGGUUCAUUCACUUCCACUGCAACUGACAUGCUUGAUGAUGCUGGAGUCAGCACCGCCAGUGAGGGUGAGUGGAGCUAUCCCCUCUACAGGCACAACAUGCCUUGCCAGCCUGACUUCAGUCCUGAGCACUCUAGGGCGGAGAACAUCCUAGAAUGUCCCAGUUUUGCUAGCAUAGCCACUUUUGAAAGUUUAACAGAAAGGCCACCUUCUGAAAAAGCAGACACCGCCUCACACUAUUCUGUAGAUGCAGAGGGCUACUAUACCUCCAUGCACUUUGACUGUGGUCUUAAAGGUAGCAAAAGCUUCACUUAUAACUAUGCAUCUGUAGACCAGCAGCAGGCAGAAUAUGGACAUCAAACAAACACACUUGGGAGAAAUAGUCUCUCUCUAAGGAAACCAAAGGUGAAGCCAUCCCCGCCAAAACGUAGCUCAUCCUUGAGGACAAUAAGCAGCCACGUUGGACCUCCCACUAACAAGAACGAACCAAAGAUUGCUGGUGGUCAGAACAAAUCAACGUCUUCCCGGGAGAGAACUCGGCAUGUGGGAUUAAACGGAGACUCCUCGAGUCAGCUGGAGAGUGAGGAGCCACUCGGGGCUUGGGGUGUUGAGAGUUCAACAGAGAUUCCAGAAGUUGCUUUGUUUGGCUCCACAGAAACACAUUCCUUUAAGGAUGAGGGAGCUGUCCAGUCAGACUAUGCAGAUCUCUGGCUUCUUAAUGACUUGAAAUCCAAUGAUCCUUACAGAUCAUUGUCAAACUCCAGCACAGCUACGGGUACCACUGUCAUUGAAUGCAUUAAAUCACAGGAGAGCUCAGAAUCCCAGACUUCCCAGUCAGGAUCGAGGGCCACCACUCCUUCACUACCAUCGGUGGAAAGCGAGUUUAGAUUGCCUUCACCUGAAAAGCUGGUGGGUCUAGCAUCACCUUCCAGUGGCUACUCAAGCCAGUCAGAGACACCGACAUCUUCUCUUCCAUCGGCUUUCUUCCCGAACACUCACCCAAUGUCCCCUCCUGGUGGCAAGAGGAAACCCAAAGUCCCAGAAAGGAAGUCCUCACUUGCUUCUUUGCAGCAGUUCUCAUCCAAAAGGGACCUUGAAUUGCCUAUCAUUCCUCCCACCCACCUUAACCUAAGUGCCCUUCCCAAUGUCAGCAAGCCUUCGAUUCACAAAAAACAGAUGCACGUCCUGCACCAGAGUAAACACAAGGCAGCAGCUUCAGCAGAAACCAAGCGGGAGAGUCUUUCAAGUGAUGAGCUGGCAAUCACUAGUCCGUUGGCAAUCACUCCUACAGUUCUUCGUUCAGUUCAGCUACGUUCGGUUGGCAAAUCUGGAGAAGGGAGCUACGAUCGACUUAGCACUGAUACUGCCACUAGGCCUAAGUGCCCCACUGUGACUAUCAUCACCCCACCUUCUCACAAUAAACCCCACGAAACUAGGAAACCUCCACCCUAUAGACCUCUUCUCGCAGAACCUUCCUCUCAGGACAAUUGUGAAUCACUGUUUACCCCAGUAGAUGGACUAGCUGGUAAGAAUAUAGCAAGCCAUUUUGGUGCAAGAAAUAGAUAUGACCGAUUGGCCCCAUCCCCUCUUUGGAGCAUGACCGCUUUUAAGGCCCAGCCUGAGGAGAACCUGGAUGAACUGACAUUGGGGAAUUCUCGAGAAGUUGCAGAAAAGGUGAGCACCUCAAAUAGUUUCUUUCCCCAGAGUAGUCUGGACGUAGAGCAAAACCAGCCUUUGAGAUCUGAGCCCAACGAGGGAAGCCCUGGUCAGAAUGGUCUAGGAAAGAGGUCAGAAAUUCUUGACCAAGUGCCUGAUAUUGUCAAGCAAAGAUCAGAGUCAUUGCAAGAUUUUCCAAUUAGCGGUGCUGGAGAAGAAUCUGUAACAUCAGGUGUUCCAACCAGAAGUGCCUCACAGGAACAUGUAGAGGAAGGGUCAACACCAGACACAGAAGACUAUUUUAGCAGAGAGUCCACACCAAGCGAUCCAACAGUGUCCCCUCUGACAGACGAAUCCAAAUCUGAGGAUGAUAGCGUUUUUCUUUCACCAAGUAAAAGUCGCACAACAGAGGAUCUCUUUGCCAUGAUUCACAGGUCAAAACGAAAAAUGCUAGGCAGGAAAGAUUCGGGAGAAUCAGUGCGGGGCCGUUUAACCAUUGUCGCUGGGAAUGGCUCUGCAACUAAUCCUGCAACUUCGCCAAGCACCCCAAACGUGCCUGCAAGUCCAUCUAUUCAAACUCAGCGAACCCCGGGUCCAAUUUAUAGGAGUGCCAAAAAAUCCAGUACCUCAAAUGAAGAGUUCAAAUUGCUGCUGUUGAAAAAGGGAAGUCGGUCCGACUCCAGUUAUCGCAUGUCAGCUACUGAGAUCCUAAAGAGCCCAAUUGCGCCCAAAAGCCCUGGUGAGCUCCUGAUGGAGGGUUCUAGACCACUUGAGGAGCCACUUUCUCCUUUACAACAGCAGUUUCCCGAUGGAAAUCAUGAGCAAAUCCACAGCCCCUUUCCAAAAUCGUAUUCCGAGGGCUUCUCCACAAAAGCUUUUCCCACAUCUGCCUCAUCUAGACAAGGCCGGUCAAGGAUGCCACCAGCUGCAAAUAGUAGUCGCUACAGUACACGCAGUCGGCUGUACACCGCUCCCAUGCAGGCCAUAUCAGAAGGGGAAACGGAAAACUCAGAUGGAAGCCCACAUGAUGACCGUUCCUCCUGAAAAAUGCAUCUUAGAAUUUGAGCGUCAACUAAGUCUAGACACAGUCUUUGACAUUUAGUCAAUAAAGCUGUGCUCUUGGCAUACUAUAUAUUUUCGAAGUAUCUGUUCUUAAGAGGACCGUAAACCAUAGGCAAACUACAUAGUGUCAGUACCCUUUUGUAUCAAAAAGAGCAAAUCAUUCUGAUGAUGGUUUCAGUGGUGGUGUUCCAAUAACUUCCAUGAGCACAUUUAUUUAAUUUAAAUGCUUUGUUUGUGUACCAUUCAUGGAUGCUUUUUGUCACACAGACAUUUAGCAUUGUCUAGAAACAGUACUGUACAGGGGUAACUGUGAAAAUGGGUCCAGAAGAUGUUAAAAGAAGGGAAAUCUUUCUUGUACCUUAAACACAUACUGUUUAUGGCAAACAGCUUGGGACAAUCAAAGAGUGGCCUUUUGUAUAGAUAGCUGUAGCAUAAAUGGGCUAAGUACUUCUGAAUUAGCCAGCAACUGGAUCAUCUUGGGCGAGAGAUGUAGCCGAGUUGGAUUAUCCUGAUGGCCAACCACUAUUUUGCACUUCUUUUGGUACUGAGAAAACAUCAGACAUUUUUGAGAAAUCGUAUAAAAUGCCAAUUGACAUAAAAAUAAAUAUCUACAAAUAGAAUAGGAUUUUUUUAGGAUGUAUUUUAAUGAGAUUUACGAUCUGGGAAAUUGUCCCUUUUGGCAUUUUUAAGAUAUCGAAAGAUCUCAUUUUAAAGCAAUUGCAUGAAGACUUGAUGAUUCUUCCCUUCCAUUCAAUAUUUAUAUUUUUUAAGCAAAUUUCUUAAAAAAUAAAGAAAUCAACCCAUUGUUUCUAUAUCGAUGAAUUGAUCUUAGAAAAACAACGACGGCUACAACACGGGCACUAGAUGUAUUCUGUGAAUACCGUACCAAUCGUUUCUCAUGUAUGUUAAUGAUUCUGCUCAUUGUAAAGUGACGUUUUUGAUUAUUGAUCACUGACCCACAAAGCAGGACUAAUACUGUGCAAGCUUUUUACAGCCAACUUGAAAUUAUGCCUCUACCGCAGUGGUUGUAGCUUUUAUAUAUUUCACUUUAAUAGAUCGACUUAACUGCAUGCAAUAAAACUGAUAUUGGUACGUCAUUUUUUGCAUCAUCAUCAGUACGUCUGUUUUUGUCCUAAUAUAUCAGAUCGAAACACUGUUGACAAUCUCUUUCAAAGACAUUUAUAUGUAGUAAAAUGGACUAUGGCAGAAUAACGUGUAGAAGGACAAGUAGAAGUUUGUAGAAGUGUGUAGUGAAAGUGCUUUUGGUCAGUCGGCUUUUGCUUUGGGUUUGAGUUUGCGAUGUUGAGAGGGCAAUGAGGAAAGUUACUAGAAGGACUAAGUUGGGUAUCGUUCUAGACACUGAUGGAAAACAAGUAGCACAAAAAUAUCCAAAGAAAGACUACAGAGAUGUAGAGUCAAGUCAGACUGAGACAGAGAGGGCUUUGCGUCUAGGAGACUCAUAUAUAGACAAUAUUUCUUUGCUGGAUCGGUAAAUCCGUGCGUAUGAGGAUGUGCUGAAAAUGGUGCGAAUCAAAGAAGAGAGGUUGUAAAAAAGAUUGAACGUGGAUUUGCACUACUGUUUCCAAGACUCACCUUCGUGCUUUUCAUUUCGGUACGAAAGCGUAAGAGUUAACUAGUGUCUAUGAAAUAUUGGGCUUUGAUCCAUUUAUGCCUGCAGAUUUAUUUAUGGACUUUUUCUUUCAGAGGUUAAGCUUUAUUGGGAAAACACUGGUUUUAAAAGAGAUUAAAAUAAACCACUUAUAAAUAAUAUAAAAAAAUACGAAUGACAUAAGCUACCGUGUUCAUGAACCUUUGAAACCUAAUGAUGUCCAGUGGUGUAUUUGGCAUUUCUCUCCUUUGUACCAUUGACCGCCUGGUGUUUUUGCGACUUACCUUGCUAUUGGUGUGAGAUUCAGUCUUUGGAUCAUUUUUACAGGACCAAUUAUUUGUGCUGUUGAUCACUAACACCUACCCGCAACUAUCUAGCUUUAGGUAAAGAUGUUCCACAAAGGGAAAAACACAACUACAAAUCUAAGCAAUCUUAAGACUUCCAUCACUAUCCAUCUCGAAGACAGAGGUAAACGAUUUUGUAAGCUACCAUUCCAACAUUGUAAAGUCUAACCUUAAAAUUUGCACUGAUGUAGUAUGUUUGUGAAGGUUUUCACAUUGUUUCUUGCUGUACCUGAGGCUAUUUUAACAGGAAUAGUUAACACAAUCAGUAAUGAGAAAUCUAAUAUUGUUAACGCAUGCUUGGUGAAUGGUAACAUGCAAAGAUUUGUGUACCAAAGGAUUUCAGAGUUGGACAAACACUGUACUGAACACACAGUUAUGUGACGUCUCUCCUGGUACUAGACUGAAGUCUUCAAGCAACUAAUGUUUUUUGUACAAAUUUGUAAAUAUAAUACCUUUUCAAAUUGUUUCCAGGGUGUUUUUUUAUGUAAAAUGUUUUCAAAGUUUACAUUAAUUAUAAGCCUUUGUAUAUUUUUGAUCUGUGCAACACUUUUGAGUCUUGUAUUUAUUUUUUAGUAAACUUUGUGGAAAGUCCCAUUGUAAAAUGUCUCAAACCGUUUGCCAGCUUGUCUGGCUGUUUAGUAAAUGUGCAUAGAAGAGGCCAAUAAAUGUGACUGCUUUAAACACCUAAA